AUGGACGAACGAACAUCAAAACCGGUAGCUGUAGGCGUUGUUGUUCGUGUAGAUCUGGAAAUGAAGUAUGGUAUUAUUCAUGCAAGCGGUUAUGAACGUGUGCUUAUUUCACGCAAUUUCGACGAAGAUUUAGUGCAAUUAAGUAAUUGGCUUUCAGUUGAAAUUGAACCAAAUACAGGUCCUAUUUUGACAUUUGGACGUACCUGCUGUAAUUUUGUUGAUGCCGGAAAACCGAAAGUCGUCGACGAACUAUUGCCCACAGGCACUUCAAUUUCCAAAACGGGUGCAGUGAAUUUACGUAUCCAAACACCAGUUUUCGUAGGGAAUAUCACGUUCGGAAGCAGCGUUGGACUAAGCUCACAUUUGGGUCGUGUAUAUUUGAGUGAAACUCUUUGCAAAAAAUUUAAAGCAAGUCCACUUACUUGGAUACAUUGUGGUGUUAUAUCAGUUACACCAACCGAAGCUAACUUUAAUUCAUUCUGGGAAGCGCGAACUGCCGGACGUGAAGAUUACGACGAUCCAAAACUUAACCAGCGCAUCAGGCGAUGUUUGGGUCGAUUUCAUGCUUUCAAGGAAAAAAACGUUUGUAUUGUACAGUUGUUUGAUAGGUACGAGGAAGAUAAAGGCUUUGCAUAUAUUCAUUCAUUUGAUUUUGCUCACACCGUUCGUGAACAAGACUUAAAAAAAGCUUCUGCUAUUCAGGUAUAUGUUGCUCCUCAACUCUUGUAUUUUCCUAAACAUCCUGUUCCUGCAUGUUAUGCCCGUAUCGUUGAUGUUGGAUUACAAGAUGUACAAACUGCAAUAAUGGCAGAGAAACUUGAUGUGCUCGAUAUUUCUGCUACGAACAGCAGCAAUGAUACUGCUGAAAGCAGUGGACCGGUGGCUCUUAUGGAUGCAGUGAAGAAGAACGAUUUAAUUUGUGAUAAGAACUGUGAAACGAUUGAUUUUAUCAGCAGGAUAUUGGCAUACCAGUUGGUAGCUAAAAAUAUCAAGAAGAUCGACCCAAUUCUUUUUAAUGAUUUAUCUGCUUUUAUUGCAAAGUAUGCCUGA